UGUGUGUAGUGUGUGUGUGUACUAUAGUGCAGUGUGUGUGUAGUGUAGUGUACUGUACUGUGUGGUGUAGUGUGUAAUGUACGUGUAGUGUGUGUGUGUAGUGUACUGUAGUGCAGCGUGUGUGCUAUUGCUUCAGUGGAGGUCGCUGCUUUCACUGUUUUCAUCUUUACAGCGCUCUUAGAGGAAGAAAGCGGCCGGACGGCUCACACAUACCGAGAACCAAUACAAACCUCCAAAACCACUUGGGUUCUUAAUUUAGAGGAACAAAAUGACGACUGCACCUUAUAACUAUUCCUAUAUUUUCAAAUAUAUAAUUAUUGGUGACAUGGGGGUUGGAAAGUCAUGUUUACUUCACCAGUUCACAGAAAAGAAAUUUAUGGCUGACUGUCCUCAUACAAUUGGCGUUGAGUUUGGCACACGGAUAAUGGAAGUGAGCGGGCAGAAGGUGAAGCUUCAGAUUUGGGAUACAGCAGGGCAGGAGAGAUUCCGUGCCGUCACGCGCAGCUACUACAGAGGAGCCGCUGGGGCCCUUAUGGUAUAUGACAUUACCAGGCGAAGCACAUACAACCACCUCAGCAGCUGGUUGACUGAUGCAAGGAAUCUCACCAACCCCAAUACUGUGAUUAUUCUAAUCGGUAACAAAGCAGACCUAGAAGCCCAACGAGAUGUCACAUAUGAAGAGGCCAAGCAGUUUGCUGAAGAAAACGGUUUGUUAUUCCUCGAGGCAAGUGCAAAAACAGGUGAGAAUGUGGAGGAUGCAUUCCUUGAAGCUGCAAAGAAGAUCUACCAGAACAUUCAGGACGGUAGUCUGGAUCUAAAUGCGGCAGAGUCGGGGGUCCAGCACAAGCCUACUGCCCCUCAGGGUGGGCGCCUCAGCAGUGAUGCACAGCCCCAGAAAAAGGGUUGUUGUACGUAACAUUGUUUUGAUAAAAAAAAAAAAAAAAAAAAAAAAAUGUAAAA